UUAUAUAUAUCAAUUACACGCAUCUACAAGGCUUCGAAAUUAUAUUUCUUAGAAAGAAAGGAAUUUCGUCAUUCAAUAUAUCACUGCUUUACAGUUACAUAUAAAAUGGCUAAUAUUGAAGUUGUAAGAACUCACGAGGAAGAAGAAGUCUUUGAGGCUUUAGCAGAGCUAAAUUUGUCUUCAGUUAGCACCCAAACUGCUGAUUUGGACCAGACGGUUAGAUUGGCAUUGGGAAGCACAGCUCAUACACCUCGCUUGCUUACUCCAUCACCAAGAAAUCAAUCCACUCCCAGAAUAUCUGGAACAACCGUCCAAUUAAAUCGGACGGAUUUUAUAUCACCAAGAGCCGGGUUUGAUCCUCCUCAAGACGAAGUCUGUCCACAGUCUAAACCAGCAGUAUAUUUCACCCAAGCAAUAGUUAACGUGACACAAUCUCCUUAUGCAACACCAAAACGUCACACUGGAGUCAUUGGACACGCACAUCAAAGAAACAACAACUUGUUGAUGAUAGUACCUGGAUAUGAGACGGAAAGGGUAUUGAAACCAGAGAGGAUUCUAGCACCAUUAAACACGUACAGAUUAAAACCUAUCUCAGAAAGAGUCAAAAAGACCGGUUUAUCUAUACGAGAAUCCGGUACUGUUUGUAUUGAACUAUUUCAACCAAGGAAUAAUAUAGAAGUUUUGGUCGAAUCACUAGAAGUUUCUUCAGACGGCCAAGAGAUUACUGUGAUGCAGUACAAAAAUACAACUGACAGAGGAAACUACAUAUCCUCACCCAGAAGUUACAAACGUAAAGUGUUUACUUUGGACUGUUUACCACAGAAAUUUCACAAGAAAUAUGAAUACGCAAGAAGAUUUGUGAAUUUAGUAAAGUCUAAAACACCUAAGAUAAUCAUGUAUAAUAAACAAGCUAAAUGCAUGCUGAUGGAAAACUUUCCCGACCCAUGCUUCAUGGCUAAAUUUUAUAACGGUAAGACGUAUCUAAGUACAUGGAGAGGAACACAACUACUAAAUGAAAAUGAAGGCAAAGGUCUGUCGAUUGCUAGUCCAAGAUUAAGAAAUCACACAGAUGAAGAUGAUUAUUCUCUGAUGAAAUUUGCCAAGAAGUGUCAUAAGCAAUGUUUACAAUUAGAAGGUUUAAUAAAAUCUUCUGUAGACGAGUCUAAACAAUCAGAAGAAAUGUUUCCAGUUAUACUUGGAAGACGAAGAGCAAAAAUAGAACAUCAAAACAACCAGACCAACUCAACCUUUGUAAUAGAAGACGAUAGAGGUUUUAGUGAUGAUGAUACAAGCAUGGAUAAUAUCAAUAAUAUUAACCAUGACAUUGAUGAUAUCAAUAAUAUUGACUACGACAUUGAUGAUAUCAAUAAUAUUGACUAUGAAAAUGAUACCAAUAAUGACAAUGCCCUGCAUAUUGAUGACCUGAAUGAUAUUGAACAUGAUAAAAAGACAACAGUGAUACAGACUGAGAUACCUGAUAUCGGUCUAGCAACUCAGUUGGAAUCUGGAGCUAUCUGGAUUCAGUUCGCAGAUAACAGCCAUCUUGGAAUACAGCCUUCUGAAGACUUAUUUGCUUUUGUCGAUAAGAAUGGUGUUUGUAAAGAGUAUACUUUAGAUGGUGAUUUGCCCGAUGACGUCCGAAAAAAAUUAGCUUUAAUACCAAAUGCAUUGGACUAUCUGUAUGAUAAUAACUAACCAAGUAACAUAGGACACAAGUAUUCGGAUACAGAUUUUCCAGGAUACGGGUAAUUAUGAUGUAGAUUGGAUAAAACGUCCAGGAUACCUUUGACUGGAAUACAUCUUAACCAGAAUUGGAUACAACUCGUCCAAAGAAACAUCAAUUAUCUAGAGUAAAAUCAUCCAUUGUUAUCAGUGAUUUGGAUACAUCCAAUAUGCCAAUUGUUUCAUUUCUGAAAUUAGAUUUGAUAAACUUGACUCUAAUUCUCGGUGUUCAGAAAACUUCAGACUGGAACUUCAAUCUAAUAAUACUUUGUUCAGCAAUCGAAUUUUGUGUUUUAUCAUCUUUGCACUUUGAAGAAUAUAAUGAUGUUAAUAAAUUUUAUUUUUCAAAU